AGUGAGUAAGCGGGCCUUGACGGAGCGAGCGCGAAUGUCGCAUUCUAUUACAUAGGAUUUUUUUAUUCAUUGUUCUCUUGAAAAGCGAAGCAAAAUUCUGGCAAAAUUGUGCGCGUUCGUGCCCGAUGUCUAGUGCUGAAGUCGCCGAUAAUUCCGUUGACCCCCCGGCGAAAAAGCGGAAGCUAAACACAGGAGAAUCCCGUUCCAAUUCCUCAGCAAUGGCGAACAAUGGAACGCGUGUGGAAGAUGAAAUCGACGAGAGUUUGUAUUCUAGGCAACUUUACGUCCUGGGUCACGAUGCUAUGCGUCGUAUGGCGAGUUCCGACGUGCUGAUAUCUGGUUUAGGUGGACUCGGAGUGGAAGUCGCAAAAAAUGUGAUUCUCGGCGGUGUGAAAUCAGUUACUUUGCACGACGAGAAAAACUGUACAAUAACCGAUUUAUCUUCUCAAUUUUACUUAUCAGAGAGUACUAUCGGUCAAAAUCGUGCUUCAGCUUCGUGCGAGCAAUUAUCAGAGUUGAAUCGCUAUGUCCCGACCACGGCGUACAUGGGUCCACUCAGUGAGGAGUUCUUAUGCAAAUUCCGUGUUGUGGUGCUGACUGGAGCCUCGCGGGUCGAGCAAGAGCGCGUAGCAGCGAUCACUCAUGCUAAUAAUAUUGCUCUCAUCAUAGCAGACACUAGAGGUCUGUUCUCACGAGUAUUCUGUGACUUUGGACCAGAGUUCACAGUUGUUGAUGUAACAGGAGAGAAUCCCGUUUCUGCUAUGAUUGCCGACAUCACUCACGAGUAUGAAGCAGUGGUCACUUGCCUUGAUGAUACUCGCCAUGGUCUUGAAGAUGGUGACUAUGUCACCUUCAGUGAGGUGCAAGGUAUGACAGAAUUAAAUGGCUGUGAACCUCGAAAAAUUAAAGUGCUAGGCCCCUACACCUUCAGCAUUGGAGAUACAACUAACUUCACUAAGUACUCUCGUGGUGGAAUAGUAACACAAGUUAAAAUGCCAAAGAAAGUCAACUUCAAACCAUUGAAGGAAUCUUUUAAAGAACCAGAAUUUGUGAUCACUGACUUUGGCAAAUUCGAUUAUCCUCAACAAUUGCAUGCUGCAUUUGCAGCUUUGCAUAAGUUUGAGGAAAGCGAAGGCAGACUUCCAAAGCCUUGGAGUGAUGCAGAUGCUGAGAAGUUUAUGGAAUAUGCUAAGUCUGUAUUACAUGAUCAAAAGGAUGGGGAAUUGGAGUUGAACUCUGAACUACUACAGACAUUCUGCAAGGUUUCUGCAGGAGAUCUAAAUCCGAUGAAUGCCGCCAUCGGUGGUGUAGUAGCCCAGGAAGUGAUGAAGGCUUGCUCUGGCAAGUUCCACCCCAUCGUCCAGUGGUUAUACUUAGAUGCCAUAGAGUGCCUACCAAAAGACCGUUCUGGAUUCACUGAAGAGAACUGCAAACCAAUCGGCUCAAGAUACGAUGGACAAGUUGCAGUAUUUGGCAGAGAUUUCCAGAAAAGACUUGGUGAACUGAAAUAUUUUAUUGUUGGCGCUGGUGCUAUAGGCUGUGAAUUGUUGAAGAACUUCGCUAUGAUAGGCGUGGGUGCCUCUGGCGGCUGCGUCACCGUGACGGAUAUGGAUCUCAUCGAAAAGUCGAACCUUAAUCGUCAGUUUCUCUUCCGCCCUUACGAUGUUCAGAAACCUAAGUCUAGCACCGCUGCUAAGGUGAUCAAGCGCAUGAACCCUGACGUGAAUGUGGUCGCGCAAGAGAACCGAGUGUGUCCAGAAACGGAGUCUGUGUACGACGACCGGUUCUUCGAGGAGUUAGAUGGAGUAGCCAACGCGCUGGACAACGUGGACGCGCGCAUCUACAUGGACCGCCGCUGCGUCUACUACAGGAAACCUCUGCUCGAGAGUGGCACGCUCGGCACCAAGGGAAAUACACAGGUGGUAGUUCCAUUCCUGACAGAGUCGUACAGCUCCUCCCAAGAUCCUCCAGAGAAGAGCAUUCCUAUUUGCACCCUGAAGAACUUCCCGAACGCGAUCGAGCAUACUCUCCAGUGGGCCCGGGACGAGUUCGAGGGCUUGUUCCGUCAGGCGGCGGAGCACGCGGCGCAGUACCUCAGGGACCCUGGAUUCUUGGAUAGAGCGCUCAGGCUGCCCGGCUCACAACCACUCGAUGUCGUGGAGAGCGUGCGGCACGCGAUAAACGAGCGUCCGCUCAGUUUCGCCGAGUGCGUGCGGUGGGCGCGCCUCCACUGGGAGGCGCAGUACUGCAACCAGAUCAAGCAGCUGCUGUACAACUUCCCGCCCGACCAGCACACCACCAGCGGCGCGCCCUUCUGGUCCGGGCCCAAGCGCUGCCCCGCGCCGCUCAAGUUCGACCCCAACGACGCCCUCCACCUGGACUACGUCGUCGCCGCCGCCAACCUCAGGGCCGCGGUCUACGGCAUACCGAACUGCGUCGACCGGGAGGCGAUCGCCCAGAUGGCUGCCGAUAUUGAGGUGCCCGAGUUCAGUCCCAAGUCCGGAAUCAAGAUAGCGGUGACGGACGCGCAGCUGCAGCAGGGCGCGGAGGAGAUGGACCAGGACCGCGUGCAGGCGCUGCUGGCGGACCUGCCGCCGCCCGCCAAGCUGCAGGGCCUCUCCGUCACUCCCCUCGAGUUCGAGAAGGACGACGACACCAACUUCCACAUGGACUUCAUCGUGGCGGCGUCCAACCUGCGCGCCACCAACUACGGAAUCCCGCCCGCCGACCGGCACCGAUCCAAACUGAUCGCGGGCAAGAUCAUCCCCGCCAUCGCCACCACCACCUCCGUGGUGGCCGGCCUCGUCUGCCUCGAGCUGUACAAGCUCGCGCGAGGCUUCAACACGCUCGACGUGUUCAAGAACGGCUUCGUCAACCUCGCGCUGCCCUUCUUCGGCUUCUCGGAGCCGAUAGCGGCGCCCGUCAACACUUACUACGACAAGAAGUGGACCCUGUGGGACCGGUUCGAGGUCCGCGGCGAGGUCACCCUGGAGCAGUUCCUAGACUACUUCAAGAAGGAACACAAGCUCGAGAUCACCAUGCUCUCGCAGGGCGUCUGCAUGCUGUACUCGUUUUUCAUGCCGAAGCCGAAGAGGCAGGAGCGCCUCGGCCUCCCGAUGUCCGAGGUGGUGAUGCGAGUGUCGAAGAAGAAGCUGGAGCCGCACGUGCGCGCGCUCGUGUUCGAGCUGUGCUGCAACGACGAGGACGGGAACGACGUGGAGGUUCCGUACGUCAAGUACACGCUGCCCUAGGACCGCCCCCGCAGCCCCCGGGGCCCGAGAUCCCGGAUCUACGGGACUCCGAAUGUGUCUCCGACGGUCGUGCGCAGGACGCGAGUGAGCAGUGAUACAGAGUGAUAUAUACAUACAUAUAUAUUAUAUAAUGUGUGCAUUGUUUUGUGCUUCAGAACGCGCUUCUUUCUCCCCGAUGAGGUGUUAUAUUUAUGGUAGUAUAAUUUUUAUUGUUCGUCCCUCCGGUCGCAUCUGAACGCGCCAGUGUCAUUUCUGAUUUUUUUUUUUACUAAGAGAGCUAUUGGAUAUUUUUAGUGUCCAAAUCAGAAGGGAAAUAUUAAAUAAAUAAUUAAUUC